GCGCCACGGAGAACCUAACAAUCCGUAUCAACAAAUACUUGCUGUAAACACAUCAACAUCACAACUCCUUAACAUGUCGACCAGCAAAAGACUACCAACGACGUCAGACUUUCCAUCCAGCUGGACCUUGACGGUGUCUCCUCCUCCGAGCUCGCAACGACCAACAAACAUCCUCAUUCUACUCCAUGGCUUAGGUGAUGCCCAUCUUCCUUUUGCUCAGCUGGGCACGCAGAUGAAUCUGCCAGAGACAGCAUGCAUCUCUAUCAAAGCUCCGGAGCCACUUCCGUUCGAGGCUUCAUCCUUUCACUGGGGUGACGAUGUCAUCUUUGAUAACACUGUCGGCACUAUUGACCCUGACGGUGGCUUCAAGAAAGUAGUCCCAAGACUUGUCAAGGAGAUCAUUGAAGACACAUUGAUCAAGAAGUGUGGUUACCAACCUCGCGAGUUGAUGCUCUUUGGCUUCGGCCAAGGUGGUAUGGUAGUUCUCAGCAUUGCUGUAAGUAUGGAAAAGGAGCUAGGCGGUGUGAUCAGUGUCGGCGGUCCUCUCCCUAGCGAAGCUGUUGCCUCCUUAUCUCCAAAGCGCAAGACACCAAUUCUGGUCUGCUCUGGAAGUGACAGUCCGUGGGUCACUUCAUCAGCAGAAAACAAACUCAAGGCUGUGUUCGAAUCUGUCCAGUUCAAUCGGUACCGAAGAUCUGGAGAUACGAUGCCCAAAAGCCGCGAUGAGAUGUAUCCUAUCAUGCAGUUCUUUGCUCGCCGUCUCAAGAGCUCUGCAGGUGUUCCGGAGGGCAGUGUUGAGCUGUCAGCUUGAUAGCAAAGCUUCGGUGCAAUGAUGACCCGAAGGUCAGGGUACCGUCCACAACUACCAUCUCGAGAACAAAAGACGACAUUUGAUAUUUUAACGAAGCGGUGCUAUGUCAUGUGCAUAUUUGAUGGUUUGGAAAGAUAUAUAUGAAUCACGCUUCCGAUGUUUGAUUGUUCUUUACAAGGUUUGGUGGUGAUGUUGCCGAAAGUUGACGUUGCUGAUCAGCCAAAGCAAACUUCGUUCACGAACCACAACACCAUCCACUUCGUCGUCCGCAGCACAUUACAAACUUGGACC